AUGGCGCCCGUGGUGGGCGUGGCUAGUUGCUCAGUGGCUGCGAGGGGGAGUGGGAUCAUGGCGGCGGUGGAGGAGCGGCGUCCCGGAGAUGGGGAAGAGGAGGCGGAGCAGCUGGUUCUGGUGGAAUUGACGGGAAUUAUUGAUUCAGACUUUCUCUCAAAAUGUGAAAAUAAAUGCAAAAUUUUGGGAAUUGACACAGAGAGGCCCAUUCUGCAAGUGGACGGCUAUGUCUUCGCUGGAGAGUACGAAGACACUCCUGGGACCUGUGUUAUAUUUGAAGAAAAUGUUGAACAUGUGGAUGCAGAAGGUAACAAUAAAACAAUGCUAAAAUAUAAAUGCCAUACAAUGAAGAAGCUCAGCAUGACAAGAACUCUCCUGACAGAAAAGAAGGAAGGAGAAGAAAACAUAGACGGUGUGGAAUGGCUGCAAAUCAAAGACAAUGAUUUCUCCUAUAGACCCAACAUGAUGUGUAGUUUUCUCCAUGAAAAUGAAGAUGAGGAAGUAGCCCCAGCCCCAGGUAAACCUUUGGAGUUGGAAGAACAAGAGAUGCAAAUGGAAGAUAAUUCAAACCUGAAUUAUGAACAGGAGAAACCGCCACACUUGGAAACAGAGCAUUCUGUGCCUCUUACCAGUAUUUCUUCUGAAACAGAAAAUUCUGUUUUUAUGGAAACUCAAGAUACUGCCUUAGAAGUCACUCCUAAAUGAAAUAAAUAGUGAUGAACUUUGAAAAGUUUUAUAUAAAAUAAUUGCCUGUGAAGCUUUCAAUUCAUUCUUAUAUUAUUUUUAUUGAUAAUAUUUUCAGUUAUAGCUCCAACUUAAUAUGCCAGAGACAUUAAGGACCAGAUAUAAAUGGAAUUUUAAAAAAUUGGUUAAAAUAACUAUAGGAAAACUUCUCUGAUGAGUCCUUUAAAUUAGAGGUUUACUAAGGUAAGUGUAUAAGUUUUCUAUUGCAGCUAUUACAGAUUACCACAAACUUUGAUAAAAACAAUGCAAAUGUAUUUAUUUUCUUACAGUUUUGUAGGCCAGCAGUCUGACAUGGGUCUCACCUGGGCUAAAAUCAAGGUGUAGGGAGGACUUCAUUCUUUUCUGGAGUGGGAGGUAGGGGUAGAGAUGACAUUUCCUUGCGAUGGAAGGGUCAAGCUUCCAUUUCCCUGUCAGCUAAAGGCCAUUCUAAUCUUCUAGGGCUACCUGCUCAUGGUGCACUUCUCCUCAAAGCCAGCAAUGGCAGGUCAAGUUUCUCUCCUGCUUAAAAUUUAUUUUGCUUCUUCUAUUAUCCUAUUUCUGACCAGCCUUUCUUGCCUUCCACUUUUAAUGGUCCAUUUGAAUACAUUGAGUCCAUCUGAAUGAUUUCGCUCUUUUAAGGUCUAUAACCUUUAAAGAAACAGGCUAACCCCCUAAACCUGUUUCUAAGGCCCCUCUUCUGUGACUUUUAAUUGAUCUGUGAAGUCCCUAUUGCCAUGUCACUUAACAUAAACAGGUAUAGAACUGAACAGUAGGGCAUGAGAAUCUUUGUGGGGGCAAGGGGCAGUGGCAUUAUCCAGUCUACCAUACCACAGUAAGUAUGUGUCUGGGAACAGAAAAAUAAUUCAGAAGUGCUUAAGGAUAAAGGUAACAUUCCUGCUAUUCCAGCUGUAACUCCGUUCCUUUACCACUCGAGAAAGGUUAUUGGAGUUUGGCCGUAACAGCCACUCUAUUCUGAUGAUGACCUAGAUCUGCUCUAAUUUGUAUUUGUACAUAAAAUAUUGACAAACUAUACCUUGUUACAGAUCGAACCAUGAAAUUGCCAAUAUUUGAUUGUUUCAGACUAUAAAAAGCAGGCAAUUUCAUGGGGUUUAACCUGUUACUAGUAAGUUAAAACACAUCUACAUUAAUUAAUCAUAACUGUUAGAAAAUAUAACUAUGUAUGAGAAGUUAGAGAACUAAUGUUAUAGAAUUAUUUUUUCUUAAGUUUUGUAACUCUUUACAAAAAACAAUUUACCUU